CUUUGUUCUAUUUCAAAACAGGAUCCAAAAGAAACAACAGGGUCAUGCUCCCCGCUGGAUUAGCAUAUUCCCUUCGUUUUCUGAGGCGCUUGGCUCACUCUUCGUCCGCGGAUCUGCCACGCCCACAGUCCCACAAGGGAACUGAUGAUUCUCUCGCCAAUAAUAAACCUAAGCCCCAAGGCGAAAACGAACUAAAUAAUGAACCGCGAUUCAUACGCCUGCAAAAGGAUUUUGAACUCUAUCAGUUGAUGGAAGGCCCCAAAAUGGUGGUGCCCCUGAAUAAAUGCGAUGCCCUGCGGUAUUAUCGCCAACUGCUGGCCCUUCGUCAUUUGGAAACGGCAGCCUCGAAUCUUUACAAGGAGCGAUUACUACGCGGAUUCUGUCAUUUGAACACUGGCCAAGAGGCUUGUGCCGUGGGAAUUUGGGCCGCGAUGGGGCAACAGGAUAAACUCAUUUCAGGAUAUCGAAUACACGGCUGGGCGUGCAUGAUGGGUGUGUCUGCAAGAAGUAUCCUUGCUGAACUCAACGGACGAACAACAGGCUGUUCUGGCGGAAAAGUUGGCUCCAUGCACAUGUACGGGAGGAAUUUCUAUGGAUAGCACCUCUAUUCGGGCUAUUAUAAAGGAUACUUAAGGAAUGUCCAAGGGCAACCAUUAAAACAUAUAAGAUUGCAAUAACUUAAAUAAAUAACUUAAACCUUC